UGCAGUCUGCACAGAUGGAGGCACUUCUGAAAGAGCUCCUUUCAGCUUCAAGUCUACUGAAUGAGCUUAAAGAGAUGUACAAUUAUGAAAGCCGCUUAAAAACCUUUGCCAAUUGGCCCUUCAUGAAGAACUGCAAGUGCACUCCAGAGAAUAUGGCAAAGGCAGGCUUUAUCCACUGCCGAAGUGCAAAUGAACCGGAUGUGGCAAAAUGUUUCUUUUGCUUGAUAGAACUGGAGGGCUGGGAACCUAAUGACGACCCAUGGGAGGAACACGCCAAACGUCGUAGCUGUGGAUUUUUAUCUCUUACUAAGCAGUUUGAUGACCUGACAAUGGAGGAGUACUACAUGCUGGAGAAGACGCGGCUAAGAACCUUCCUUUGCAAAACUGGCAGAAGCAUAAUAAAUGCCUUUGAAGAAGAAGUUGCUGCAACUAGGAAGCGUCUUGUGGAUAACUUUGUCUCCAAACAUCGAUAUACGCCACAGCCACCAGCACCCAUCCGAGCCGAUCUGACUUGCCAAUCUUCUGAAAGCUCACAUCAUGAGUCCAGAAGUUAAAUAUGACUGACUUUUUUUCUCUUAUACAGUAAAAAUAUUUUUAUUCCUAUGCAAAUACUUAUAUUAAUCUGAACAGUAGUUUGAGGAAGCGUGGAGAAUUUUUUAAUAGGCUCUCUAGAGCAGAAGUAGUAACUGAUUUAUUUCUCUCUUGCAAAAUGCUUUGUCAUAGGUAGGCAUGGACUAAUGCUAGUGAAUAUAUAUUCACAGGUUAUAUAUAUAUGAUAAAUACGCAAGCAAAUACGUUUAUUUUGCUUUUUGUAGGCUGACUUUUGAAUAAAGAUGACUAAUGGAGAGUA